ACAAAUCAAUGACUCAUUAAUUAGUAACAGCUCUGGUAGAAACGAAUUCAGCACUGCCAGUGCAAAGGAAGGCUGGGGGAAGCUGAGGAAUGUUUCACAGAAAAGUAGGGCUUUAGAGGAUGAGUAGAAGCUGGCUACUGACCGUUGCAAAAUAUAUGAAGGCUGGAAAGAAACGUUGGCAGCACAAAUGGAACUAGCUCUUUAAGACACCAGUUUGUGGGGAGGCCUGGUUACAGGUUAACCCUAGCCGGCUUGGCUUGUGGAGCCGCCAGGCGGGAUGACAUCACUGUUGAUCGGGUUCCCCAGGGGGAGGGCACUUGCUAGCUGUGUGAUGAGGAAAAGGAAGUCCCAGGAAACAUUCCUGGGUGCCGAGAGGGGAAGCCAUGCAGUGCACAGAGGCCGGACAGCCCAUCAUCAAGUUCAACCACUGUCAGAAGUCCAUCUACAGCUUCAGCGUGCCGCGAUGCUGCCCUCUCUGCCAGCGGGACGUGGGGGCCAGGAAGCUGGAGGAAGCACCUGUGAGCAUCGCUAAUCCAUUCACCAACGGGCAUCGAGAAAAGUGCUCAUUCCUCCUCAGGCCAACCCAAGGGACGUUUCUCAGGGAAUAUGACGGAAGGUCUGAUCUCCACGUUGGAAUAACCAACAUGAACGGAGCUGUGUAUAACUACACGGUGCACGGGGUCCAGCGAGAUGAAGCGGGCUGGGAGCAGAGUGUAAGCAUCCCACUCCUGCAGCCCGGCAUGUUUGGACUGAUGGACCAGUGGGACAAGUACCUGGAAGACUUCUCCUGCGCAGGGGCCUGGCUGCCUCACAGGUACGAAGAGGACCAGCACAACUGCUACAGCUACGCCCUCACGUUCAUCAACUGUGUGCUGGCCGCGGAAGGCCAGGAGCCGCUGGACAAGGACCAGUUCACGGAGAUGUUUGUGGUCCCCAGGACAAGGAAGGCUUCCAAGUACAUCACGCUGCACCGGGUGAUCGAAGAGCGGGGCUUCUACGUGACCGACCACCCCGAUCCCGAGACAAGCCCGCCCCCAGGGAGUGGCUCUGCUGAGCACCGAGCACCACAGCACACCGGGCAGGACAUCAGGGGUGACCUCCUGUAACAGCUACUGGGUGCGUCAAGCUGUGGUUAAUUUAAAAAGUGUUUUGGAUUUCCUUUAAGCAUAUUUCAGCUCACUGCAGUUUAAGAAUUAGUGAGAUUAAUAAAAAUUGCCCUGGGUUUUCAAAA